AUGGGGGUUCUUUUCCAGGGUGCAGAAUCGAUUAUCUGGGAUGACGGAGAGACUGUUUCAAAGAGACGCGUGAGAAAGGCCUAUAGGAUUGAGGCGUUAGACACAAAGAUAAUAAACAGCAGGACAAGGAGAGAAGCAAGGAUCCUUAAGAAACUUGAAGUUGUUGGAAUUCCAGCGCCAAAGUUGAUAGAUGUACAUGGCAACACCAUUGUGAUGGAGAAAAUAGAUGGAAUGCCUCUAAAAGAAAAGAUUGAUGACAGCGAUGACCAGAAAGCCCUCUUCUAUGAUUUAGGAGUUCUUGUGUCAAAACUUCAUCUUGCAGAUAUCGUUCAUGGAGACUUAACGACAUCAAACUUCAUUUUUAGAGACAAAAUCCAUGUGAUAGACUUUGGAUUGUCUUAUGUCUCUUCGAAAGAUGAGGACAAGGCUGUUGAUCUGUAUGUCUUUGAAAAAGCAGUUGGAUGUAGACACGACACCAAACUUCUGGAAAGCUUCUAUGAGGGCUACAUGGCCAAUGGAAGUUCGGAUGUGUUGAAUAAGCUAGAAACAGUUCGUUUAAGAGGUAGAAAAAGAGAGAGAACAGCUUUUGGCUAA